AUGGCAUCUGAAAAACCCUACAUUUUGGUUACGGGCGCCACGGGAUUCAUCGGCGCCCAUGUGGUCGACGAAUUACUUCGUCGAAACAUCAAGGUCCGAGCUGCUACAAGAAGUCUUGAAAAGGGCGAAUCCUUGAAGGCGGCCAGGCCAAAGUAUACCGAGCUACUAGACAUCGUCCAAGUCACCGACUUCUCUGAACCAACGUCUCUUCUCGACGCGGUCAAGGAUGUUACGGGCGUCAUUCAUGUGGCCAGCCCUUUCACAUUCAACGUCACGGACAAUGAGAAGGAAUUGAUCAAGCCGGCAUUGGCAGGCGUGCGCGCAAUCCUCGAGGCAGCAGCCGAGAACUCAAAUGUCAAGCGGAUCGUUAUUACUUCUUCAUUUGCAUCGGUUGUCGAUGUCAACCGCACCGCACCGCCCAGGUUCGAGUACACUGCGAAAGACUGGAACCCGCUCUCCUACGAGGAAUCGGUAGCCAAAGAGACGAGCCCAGUCAUUGCUUAUCGGGGCUCCAAGAAGUUCGCCGAGCUUGAGGCAUGGAAGUUCGUAGAGGAGAAGAAGCCCGGAUUCGACAUUGUUACCCUGUGCCCGCCUAUGGUCUUCGGCCCAGUCGUCCAUCCGCUGUCUAAGGUGGAGGAUCUGAAUGAGUCGAAUGCGUCGCUUUGGAAGGUGGCAAGCGGCCAGGAGUUCCCGGCAGCCCGAGUCCCCUUCUGGGUCGACGUGCGGGACCUUGCUGUAGCUCAUGUGGAAGCACUGCUGAGACCCGAGGCUGGUGGCAAGCGAUAUACUGUCACCAGUCCGGAGAAGUAUUCAUAUGGGCUCGUCGCUGAUAUUAUCAAGGAAGAGUUUCCUUCGAUCAAGGAUAGGAUUGCGGCAGGCAACCAGCCGGUCGUUGAUACUCAUGAUUUGGACGGCCAUACUGCUGCGAAGGAGCUGGGUGUCAAGUAUACCGGGUUCAAGCAGACUGUUAAGGACUUUGUCGAGGAGGCUUUGUCAUUGGAGAAGGCUAAUUUGACCAAGUGA